CGAACUACCCUGAUCAUGACCAUGCUAAUUACUUCGUGUGAUGUAUGUGGAUUGUCUAUGAUUUGUCUCGAGCGCAUACGUCACAUGUGCGGGAGUGGAAGUGGUCUGUCAGUGUUUAACCGUGAACCCGGAGGCAUGAAGUGGUGCGUAGGCGAGCCAAAUGCCAAUACGCUAUUACUUGUAGGAGCGGACACUACAAAUGGCGACGAGGGUAAAGAAUUAACCACUUCACAAGAAAACAAGAUGUCAUUAAUAACAGAGACCAUCGACCUGGACCGGGAGUAUACUCCUAGCAAGUGGUCACAGCGAUUCCCGACUUUUCAAGAGGUUCUGCAACAUCACCUCAACUUUGUUACUGCUGCAAGCGAAGAAGCAACAAACAACAUUCCACACAAGCUCGAAAUCGAGUACGGCCCUACACCAGGACAAAAGUUAGAUAUCUUGGGCACCGAUUUGCCAGAUGAUGCUCCUAUUCUAGUCUACAUCCACGGCGGUUAUUGGCAAGAGCUAUGCAGAGAGGUGUCACGCUACCCAGCACGUCCUCUAUAUCGUUUUAAAGUGAAGACAAUUGUGGUUGGUUACGACCUCUGUCCGGCUGCUACGCUGCCCGAGAUCGUAAACCAAAUUGAGAAUGCUGCUAAAUUCGUGUUUGAAUAUGCUGAAAAGAUGGGAUCUAGAGGAGUAUACUUCGCAGGACACUCGGCAGGAGCGCAUCUUGUAGCCAAACUUCUGGCCAGUGCAGACUUCCUAGAGAACACCCUAGGCUCUAAACGUCUACAAGGCGCCUUCCUCAUAUCAGGAGUAUACGACUUAAGAGAGAUUGUCCAUACCAAAAUCAACGAUCGAGUGCAGCUUCCACACGAGUGGGCUAUCUCCCUCUCUCCUCAGUUCGAUGACUACGCGCAUCUGCAAGUUAGAAGAGUACGACUAUAUAUCAUAGCAGCUCAAUAUGAUAGUCCGACAUUCAAGAAGCAAUCAAGAGACUUCUACGAACUCCUCCACAACACAUGUUUGAUGCAAAACAUGUAUUUCGAGAUUAAAGACGGAAUGGAUCAUUUCAACAUUGUUGAAUAUCUCACAAACGACGAUAAUUAUCUUCGCAAUUUACUUGUACACGAUAUUCGUAAGCAUUUGUGAAUUUAUUAACGGCUUCUUAAAUGUGGUGUCAAUCUAAUGUUAAAUAAAUCAAAACAAAAGGUUUGUAAGUAUAUUUAUACAGAAUUUGUUAAUGAGCUAUUAUAAUAGCUAUUUACUUAUGCUGAUAUAGGAACAACAUAUAUAUACGUUGUGUAAAUACAUUGUUGUCAACGAUUUUAGCCACGUAUUCUGCUCAGUAAUUAUCUUAUUAUUUUUAAAAUUAAUUGGAAUAACAAAACGUUACAAAACAAAAUUCACAAACCAAAUCAUUUUCCCAAAGAUUUUUUCGUGUUUAUUUAGUUAACAGUGUUUGUCAUUUUUA